UAUUCACAAUCUUUUGAGAUGGAUCAUGAAAAUUUGAGAAAUAUAUGUCAUUCUUUAAUUACUUCUAAACCCUCCUUAAAAUCCAUGGGAAUGCUCUCGGAUGAAAAUUUGAGAUGCUUCAUUUUUCUUUUCCAUCAACUAGAAUAAGAAGGAUAAAAGUAAGACUUGAAAAAAGUGUAUACCAAUGUAGCAAGUGGGAAAGGUAUAUUAUAUUUGUUCUUCAUCGGUGUGCAACGUUUUCAUUAUUGAACUUGUAUAGUUAAUUAAUAAUGCCAGGAAGUGUGUACCGCAGUACAUUGAUGACUAAAUCUAGAUGAUUUAUUUAAACCCUCUCCAAGCUCCUCCAUUCAGACCCAACCAAAGUUUGCUUUAUAAAAAAGGUAGAGGCCAUGAGCAACAAGAGGAUCAGAGACGAUGAGAAAGGAUUGGUAAUGAAGCUUUUUCAGGACGUCGGAAGUGUUGGUCCGGCCUUAGCACUCGGCGCUGGUUGUGGGUUUGGUUUCGGCGCCGGUCUUAUCGGAGGAUACGGACCAGGAGUUCCUAAACUGCAGUUUGGGCUUGGGUUUGGAGCUGGAUGUGGAAUCGGUAUAGGAAUUGGCUAUGGUGUUGGUAGAGGCGCCGUGUUCGAUCACGAUCGGGCCUUUUAUAACGUCAUCGACUAUCUCUGGUGGAAGAUGGUUCGUAGUAUUUAUUAUUGAUUCUGUCAAAGCACAGUCAAAUCGACACAUAAAAACCAAACCGGAAUUACUCGAUUUGAAUUUGAAUAGCUGUUUUUAGUCCAAUGAAAGAGAAUUGGUCGUCCUUCAUCUUUUUCAUUUUCCCUUUGUUUGUAGGAAUUGAUGUUCGAUGGUAAUAUUGUUUAUUUAUUUAUUUUAUUUUAUUUUGGUCUAAAUGUUAAAAUUGUUGUUGUUGUUUUAUUUAAACCAGAAAAGCAA